AACAACCUGACGGCCGCGGCCUCGGUUUGCUGUGGAGUGUAUCGAGCUAGCAAGUCAGCUCAAAGAGAUGGUGAAAACAGGUCUACUUGAACGGCUGCAGGAGGGCCCUGUGAUAGGAGACGGGGGUUAUGUCUUCACGCUGGAGAAGCGGGGUUACGUCAUGGCCGGACCGUGCACCACAGAGGUCGUCAUCGAACAUCCUGAGGCCGAUGGUGAAAAAAGGUUUACUGGAGCGGCUGCAGGAGGGCCCUGUGAUAGGAGACGGGGGUUAUGUCUUCACGCUGGAGAAGCGGGGUUACGUCAUGGCCGGACCCUACACCACAGAGGUCGUCAUCGAACAUCCUGAGGCCGUAAAACAGUUACACCGAGAGUUCAUGCGCGCAGGCGCAGAUGUGCUCCAGGCCUUCACAUUCUGGUCGACAGACGACAGACUGUCUCUGUCUGGUCCUGACGCCCCUGGGAACGAGACUGGCAAGAGCAUCACGUGCAAAGAAAUGAACGACCAGGCAUGUACUAUAGUGAAGGAGGUUGUUGGGGACGGAGAUACCCUCGUCUGUGGAGGGUUAUCCAACACUCCAUCUUACGCACAGGGGAAGGGAAGGGCAGCCGUACAGAAGGAGUUCAGCAAACAGGUCGACAGUUUCAUGGAACAAGAUGUGGACUUCCUAUUGGCUGAGUUCAUUGGUAACGUGGAGGAGGCCGAGUGGGCUAUCGAAGUGCUGAAGGGAAAAGGGAAGCCCGUAGCCUGUACCCUGCGUAUCGGGCCGACAGGAGACGACAGCGGCGUUCCAGUCGGGGAGUGUGCCGUCAGGAUGGCUAAAGCAGGUGCUGACGUGGUUGGAUUGAACUGCCGGUUUGAUGCCAACACCUGUCUGAAGACUAUAAAGAUGAUGAAGGAUGCGCUGGAGAAGGCAGGACUGUCCCCGUAUCUGAUGGUCCAACCAAACGGCUACCACUCACCGGAGACCGAGCAGACGAAGAACGGAUGGACCAUCUUGCCGGAGUUUCCGUUCGCUCUGGGCCCUCGGCAGAUGACCCGCUUUGAAGUCCACCACUUCGCCCGAGCGGCCUUUGACCUCGGGGUCAGGUACAUCGGCGGCUGCUGUGGAUUUGAACCUCACCACAUCCGGGCUAUAUCGGAAGAGCUGUCUCCAGAGCGCGGAGGAAAGCUCGGAGACGCCAGCAAGAAACAUUUGCCGUGGGGAGGGGCGCUGAAGACGGACCAGUCUGAGAAAGACUUUAUCAACGGAAAGGAUACCAGGGAAUACUGGGAAUCCGUAAAGCCAGCCUUGGGCCGACCAGGGUUUCCGGACGUUCAGGAGAAACUCUUCCGCCAGUGAGCACUGACGUCACAGGCAGCGGAAUCCUACAACCUGGCUGACGGCUUUGAGAGGACAUAAUCUAAUCGAUGGGUAAAUGUAAGCAUAUGAGAUACAUUUGAUUGAAUUGAUUAGUUUGUGAUAAACAGUGACUGUGAGCAUACCAAUAUUCGGUGACCAGUCUACGAUAUUUCCUACUUUCAACAUUUUUGAUAACCACUGAUGAUUUCAUGAAGACAUUUUUCCGUUUUCAUGUUUCUUCGAUAUUCGUUUAGCUUUUUUCACAGCUCUAAGCUGUGCGUUGUACCAUUUUUAACUGUCAAUAGCGCCGCCUAGCGGUCUUUAUAAUCUCACAUCAUAACACCUUUAAACUUUGAGAGAUGUACUCUACACAAUGCUCUUGAAUAGCAACAUUCUCCUGUGUGAGACCUAUGAAUAAAAAUUGAUUGUGGCAACAAAGUCCUUCAGACGUUGGAAAACGUUUGCACAAUGUACACAGUAAGACACAUUCUUUCUCUUUUCCAAGAAUAGAGCUUUGUGUUUUGCGGGUGGUCGUUUCUGGCAGCCUUUAAUAUGUGCCAUGAACAACAUGGAAUCUGAAACAGUCUAUCCUUUACACCAGACUGCAAGAUAAUCGUGCAAUGGCAUUGCUGAAGUGAAGCAUGACAAAUCCGUUAUGAGUUGGUUGUUAUUGCUACCACCUGCAGAUAUUCCAUCCCUUUCGAAGAAACUGACUUUCCUUGAACCUAGAGUUUGUUAUAUCAGGAGUUUCGGAGAUCUAAAUCAGCAAUUAUCAGUACUAAUAUGUAUGCGUACUUUUAAUAAAGCGUGCGUUAUUCAUAGA